AUAGCAACGCACCAGAGGAAGAGGAGGAAACCAAAGACAUCCAGGGAGCGUUAAAACAACUGUGCCAUCAUGCAAAUCUUUGUCAAGACCCUCACCGGCAAAACUAUUACCCUUGAGGUUGAGCCCAGUGACACCAUUGAAAACGUGAAAGCUAAGAUUCAGGACAAGGAAGGCAUUCCCCCAGAUCAACAAAGGCUUAUUUUUGCUGGCAAGCAGCUUGAGGAUGGGCGUACCCUCUCCGACUACAACAUCCAGAAAGAAUCCACUCUUCACUUAGUCCUGCGCCUCAGAGGUGGUAUGCAGAUCUUUGUGAAAACCCUCACUGGGAAGACCAUCACUCUGGAGGUGGAGCCCAGUGACACCAUUGAGAACGUGAAGGCCAAGAUCCAGGACAAGGAAGGCAUUCCCCCAGAUCAGCAGAGGCUGAUCUUUGCUGGAAAGCAGCUCGAAGACGGCCGUACUCUGUCUGACUACAACAUCCAGAAAGAAUCCACCCUUCAUCUUGUUCUUCGUCUCAGGGGUGGCCAGGAAAUGUGAUUAAUCGUGUUUAUUUAAUAGCAUUUAAUAAAAACAUAUUUGUAUCUAAAAUUUAUGUUGAUGUUGUUGUAUUAUAACUGUUCAACAGAAAUAAAGAUUCUUGUCUUUUGUA